UGAACGGGACCUCUCGACACCAAGCUGCAGGGGCCUCCCCAGGGCAGAGAAGCAGCGCAGCAUGUGGACAGCGUGGUUGGUGGCUGCUCUGUCGGUAGCAGGUGUGUGUGGCACUGAAAAGGAGACGAACACUGUCCUCAGGGUUACCAAAGAAGUGCUGAACAAUGCCAUUUCAGGCACCCUGCAGCACAGCGACGCCCUCCGCACGGCCCUGAGAGAGGUGCCCAUGGGUGUCGGUGGCGUGCCCUACAAUGACUUCCACGUCCGAGAUCCCCCCCUCAAAUACACCAAUGGCAACCAGCUUGGUGGUAAUUACAAGUAUGGCCACAUCAAUGCCAACGACAACACUGCUCAGUUGGGGGGCAAGUACCGCUACGGUGAGAUCAUUGAGUCUGAUGGCAGCCUCAGGGACCAAUCUCUCCGAAGCGGCGAGAAUUCAUACGGUGGCCUCAGGGGCCAUGGGCGGUAUAGGUCAGCUAAAGAUUCGGCAACCGUGGGCAGGCUUCACCGGCGAGAGCUACGUCCUGGAGAACUUCCACCUGGUCUGGCCACCGGGGCACUGGGCCCAGGUGGUUUGCUGGGCAAUGGUGGCAUGUUGGCGGCCGAUGGCAUCUUGUCGGGUCAAGGCGGCCUGCUCGGCGGAGGUGGUCUCCUUGGAGAUGGAGGACUUCUCGGAGGAGGAGGCGUCCUGGGUGUGCUUGGCGAGGGCGGCAUUCUCAGCACCGUGCAGGGCAUCACAGGUCUUAUUGGCUUCCUGGACAUCGCCGUGGAGGUGAACAUCACAGCCAAGGUCCGACUGACCAUGGACCGCACAGGCUACCCCAGGCUGGUCAUCGAGCGAUGUGACACCCUCCUGGGGGGCAUCAAGGUCAAGCUGCUCCGAGGGCUUCUCCCUAACCUCGUGGACAACUUAGUGAACAGAGUCCUGGCCAACGUUCUCCCUGACUUGCUUUGCCCCAUCGUGGAUGUGGUGCUGGGACUUGUCAACGACCAGCUGGGUCUUGUGGACUCGCUGAUUCCUCUGGGGAUACUGGGAAGCGUCCAGUACACCUUCUCCAGCCUUCCGCUUGUGACUGGGGAGUUCCUGGAGCUAGACCUCAACACUCUGGUUGGGGAGGCUGGAGGAGAUCUCAUCGAUUAUCCCCUGGGGCGGCCAGAGAUGAGCCCCAGGCAAAAGAUGCCCCAAUUGCCCCCCAUGGGUGACAACACCAACUCCCAGCUGGCCAUUUCUGCCAACUUCCUGGGCUCGGUGCUGACUCUGCUGCAGAAGCAAGGGGCGCUGGACAUUGACAUCACCGAUGGCACAUUUGAAGAGCUGCCUCCGCUCACCACUUCCACGCUGGGAGCCUUGAUCCCCAAGGUGUUCCAGCAGUACCCCGAGUCCCGCCCACUCACCAUCAGGAUCCAGGUGCCCAAUCCACCUUCAGUGACGCUACAGAAGGACGAGGCGGUGGUGAGGGUGUUUGCCACUGCCGAGGUCACAGUCUCCCAGCCCAAUGAUGUCGAGACCACCAUCUGCCUCAUCGAUGUGGACGCAGAACUGUUGGCCAUGUUUUCUGUGGACGGAGAUAAACUCAUGAUCGAUGCCAAGCUGGACAAGACCAACCUCAACCUUAGAACCUCAAAUGUGGGCAAUUUUGAUGUUGGCAUCAUGGAGAUGCUGGUCGGGAAGAUCUUCGAUCUGGCAUUUAUGCCCGCGAUGAAUGCCAUGCUGGGCUCUGGCGUCCCGCUCCCCAAAAUCCUCAACAUUGACUUCAGCAAUGCAGACAUCGACGUCUUGGAGGACCUUCUGGUGCUGAGCGCUUGAGUGAGGACGGCAGAGAAGCUGCUGAAGUCCUGGAAGACGCCAGACCAGCCCGCGAAGCUCAGCCCGACAGUCUCCAGUCCCGAGUCCCCUCGGCCCCCCACAGCAGGCCCCUCCCAGCCCCCAGCCCUCGUCCCACCUGCCCACCGGGAGGCAGGAUCCAGCCAUCGUCCUUGUCGGCAGACAGUCCCGUCCAUGGUCAGUCCCGUGCCAGCCCCCGGCGGGGGGGAGGGGCCACCCGGAGGAUGGAGCCUCUUGGCCUCCACGCAGUCCACUGUGUACUUAACACUUUCAAUAAAAGAUUCCACUUUCCCUGCA